GCUUCCAUAUUCCUAGUGACUUCUAAUUCUGAGUUCCUUUUAUUCAUAAUUUGAUCAUCUCAAAUUUUUGUCUUUGCCUUCUCUCAAAAAAUACUUUUAAGCUAAUAUGAGUAACCGAAUGGAGCCAGUUUUUGCUCUAGUUUCUACUGUUUUUGUUGUCAUCAUUAUGCAGAGCCUUAUGCUAACAAAUGUUGAGGCAAAAAGCAAUGUUCAUAUUGUUUAUCUUGGAGAGAGGCAGCAUGAUGAUCCCAAGGUAGUCACAGAUUCACAUCAUGAAUUGCUUGCCACCAUUAUUGGGAGUAAAGAAGAGGCCUCAAAAUCGAUGGUGUACAAUUACAAACAUGGCUUUUCUGGAUUCGCAGCUAAGCUUACAGAAUCUCAAGCACAAAGGCUUUCUGAGUUUCCUGGGGUGGUCCGAGUGAUACCAAAUAGCAUUUUCAAGGUGCAGACCACAAGGAGUUGGGAUUUCCUUGGCCUCUCUUCCCGUUCACCCUCUAAUCUUCUUCACAAUAGCAGCAUGGGAGAGGGAGCUAUCAUAGGUGUCUUCGAUACAGGAAUAUGGCCAGAGUCUAAAGCUUUCUGUGAUGAAGGACUUGGGCCGAUCCCAUCUCAUUGGAAGGGUACUUGUGAAUCAGGGGACCAAUUCAAUGCCACAACUCACUGCAACAGAAAAAUCAUUGGAGCCCGUUGGUUUGUGGAUGGAUAUCUCGCUGAGAAUGGACAACUAAACACAACUGACAAUGAGGAAUACUACUCCCCAAGAGAUGCAAAUGGGCAUGGCUCACACACAUCUAGCACAGCAGCUGGCUCUUUUGUGCCCAAUGUUAGCUACAAAGGCCUUGGUUAUGGCACAGUAAGAGGCGGUGCACCACGUGCUCGCCUAGCCAUGUACAAAGUCUGCUGGCAGGGUGGACAAUGUGCAUCUGCUGAUAUACUGAAAGCCUUUGAUGAGGCCAUAUAUGAUGGUGUUGAUGUGAUAUCAAUUUCAAUUGCUUCCGGGAUGCCUGGGUUUGCUGAAGUUGAUGAAAGAAAUGGCAUUGCUACUGGUUCCUUCCAUGCUGUUGCCAAGGGCAUAACUGUUGUCUGUGCAGCUUCAAAUGAUGGGCCCGUUGCUCAGACAGUGCAGAACACAGCACCAUGGAUUGUAACGGUUGCAGCAAGUAGCACUGAUCGGGCAUUUUUUACUCACAUAACACUUGGGAACAAUAGAACUAUACUGGGUCGAUCCAUUUUUACUGGAAAGGAGACUGCUUUUACAGAAAUAGUAUACCCAGAAACCACAGGACUCAAUCCCACCUCUGCAGCUGAGAUCAAAGAUGCAUCAUUUAAUGCUACUAUGGUAGCUGGGAAAGUGGUAUUAUUAUAUGUGUCAACAAUUCCUAGAUACACUGGCACAAAAAAUCCAAUAGUAGUCUUGCAAGAAUCAGGAGCUGUUGGCGUGAUUAUUGUCAGAACUCAAUUUGAUAUAUCGAUCUCAUGUUACAAGGACUUGGCCUGCGCUAUAGUCGACUUAGAAGUUGGAAAUCAGAUUCUCAUGUACAUCCGUUCUACCAGGUCCCCUGUAGUGAAGUUGAGCCCUUCUAAAACAUUUGUAGGAAAGCCUCUUUCAGCUAAGGUGGCCAUUUUCUCAUCAAGGGGACCUAGCUCCAUUUCACCAGCAAUCCUCAAGCCAGAUAUUGCUGCCCCUGGAGUGAAUAUACUAGCAGCAGUUGCUCCCCAUGAUCAGUUUAACGACAAUGGAUUCAAUGUGCUCUCUGGAACUUCAAUGGCAACUCCUCAUGUCGCGGGCAUUGUGGCACUUCUCAAAGCAUCUCACCACGAUUGGUCUCCAGCAGCCAUCAAAUCAGCACUUGUCACAACUGCAUGGAAGAAUAGUCCUUCAGGUUCUCCUACUUUUGCCGAGGGACUUCCCCACAACAUUGCUAAUCCAUUUGAUAUAGGCGGCGGCAUUGUGAAUCCGAAUGAGGCAGCAGACCCUGGUCUGGUAUAUGACAUGAGCACUGCAGAUUACAUGCUUUACCUCUGUGCCACGGGUUACAACAACUCUGCCAUCUCUUGGCUUGCAGGCCAAGCAACAAUCUGUCCUAGUAUAAAACCUUCAAUUCUAGAUGUAAAUGUUCCUUCAAUAACCAUACCAAAUCUUAGGGAUUCCGUUACCCUCACCAGAACUGUAACAAAUGUUGGAGCCUCUCAGAUUGCAUAUACAGCAGUUAUUGAACCUCCAUUCGGCAUUAAGGUAUCAGUAACACCUCAAGUCUUGCACUUCAAGCCUACAGCAAAGAAGAUCUCUUACCAGGUUACCGUCUUCACAUCCCACAAGGUGAACACAGGAUUCUAUUUUGGCAGCCUUACUUGGACUGACGGAGUUCAUGCUGUGAGAAUUCCGUUAUCCGUUAGAACACAAAUCCUGGCACCUUCUCACGAAUAAUUAACUGAGUCAUAGGUAUGCAAGAGAUCAUGUUUCAGUUAAUUUCUUCCCUGUUUUUGUUUGUAAUUCAGUAGAGGUUCGUGUAUUAUGUAAACAGGUGUUAGUCCUGUAUUGUAAGUCAUGUCAUCUGUACGAGAAAAUGAUUUGCAAUUUAUGCAUGAAAAUAAUAAAUAUAUAAUUUCUUUCGUUCUCA